AAAGCCGAGAGCUUGUGGCGAGACCUAAGAACCAGGCUGAGGAGCGCGGAAGUUACUCACUGAAAAGGGUUUAGCUCUCUUUUUGCCUGUAUUUGCCGCCUUCCAGUGCAGCAAGCUAAGCGCCACUUCGCGCAUCUUCAAUCAUCAUCACUUCAUCGAUCCUACGGUUUUGGUUCAACAUUUACCAUCAACCACGACAUAAUUUGGAACAGAACACAGAAGAAACUGCUGGCGAACAGGAUCUUGCAAAUAUGGAGUCCGAACAGGAGAUGAUGACCAGGAUCAGUAAACUGGCAGGUCAGAUAAAUCGCCACAAGAACCAACAGCCAGCCAGCGCAUCGGCGUCAAACUUUCAGGCACAACCUGGGGCGCCCUAUCCUACUCCAAACUAUAAUGCCCACGCGAGUCAAGGCCGACCACCUUCGCGUGGCGGUUACAGCAGAGGUAGAGGAUAUUAUCGAGGAGGCAAACCGAAUACCAUCCACCGGAACAGAACACUGGUCCUGAACAACGCAAACACGGGAUCGAAGGCGGACGGCGCCCAGGAUGACAGUUCUGGGGCGGCAGCAACAGCACCAGCAUGGGUCACGAAAACAGAUCGCCACAUGCAGCUGAUCAAUCCUGCGAUAUACGAAAAGCAGAGCCAAGAUCGUGCCCGCGCUAUAGAGGAGACGCGCAAGCUGAGACUGAAGCAGCGGGACGACAGGGAGAAGUUCAAGUUGAGCAAACACUUGGAGCGACUGAGCGACAACAUGGCGGGCCACAGCGCAAAUCAGCGCGUCGCCCAAGCCUUACCGAACUACGAAAUCAUAGUGCAGGGCAUACGCUUCCGCGUCAUGAAGGAUGGCAGCAAACUGGCCAAGGUGGCUGGCGACGAGAACACCGCGAAACUAACCCCGAAGUCGGCGACCGUCGGAGGCGUCCGCUUCUACCGUAGCAAGAACGGCAAUCUCUACCGCUCUGGCAUCCUCAAGGCGCAACGGUACGACCUUUGCGCAGCUUCGUCGCGUGACACCCCUCACCGUUCCACAAGGACAAGACUAACACACUCGCACACUAGGAAACCCGCGGCCAUCAAAAAGAUAGAUGAGCCGUGUAGGCUCUUCUCCACGACCGGUACCUCACCUUCCAUCACCAUUCCCAACUACUACCCCCAAUACUAUUCCCGAAUUGCCAAUCCCGGUAAGCCCGCACACAAGACUAACUGACAAAUCUAGGCGUCUGUCCCAAGGGUCCACGCUGCCGCUACACCCACGACCCGACAAAAGUCGCCAUAUGCAAGGACUUCCUGCAGACAGGCACCUGCGCCGCAAGCGACUCCUGCGACCUCUCGCACGAGGCGACGCCGGAGCGCA